UUGACCAGCGCGACAAUCGAGACGCGACAAGUUUCGCACUCGCCAUUCCUUAUCACCGCCAACAUCUCGGCCAACAGGGAACGGUUCUCGACGGCAGGGUUCGCAACCCCCCACAGCACACGCUCUCUCCAUUCUGGGUGUUUUAGUUAAACAGGACACAGUGUUAAAUGAAUCCUGCUGAACUUAAUCAGUACCAACCAGUCGCUACCUUCGAGAAGCACGAAAGCUCACAUUUCUACAAAAUGGAAAAGGGUAGUCCAUCGCGCCAGUUUAUGGCUGGCAUAAUCGUGAACCUGGCCUCGGUUAUGGUAGGCACAUCGCUCGGUUGGACCUCACCAAUUGGUCCUAAAUUUGCCUCCAAAGCUGCCACACCGCUAGAUACGAUCCCGUCGGACUCGGAAAGCUCCUGGAUUGCGUCCCUGGUGGCGAUGGGUGCACUGAUUGCACCCUUCAUCGCUGGACCGUUAGCGGAACGGAUUGGGCGUAAGUACACGCUACUCGCUAGCUCGGCUUUCUUCAUCGUGUCCUGGGUGCUGUUGUUGACGACAACGACCGUAGUGCAGGUGCUGGUGGCCCGCUUCCUACAAGGUUUGGGCGUUGGCUUCGUAAUGACCGUGCAGACAAUGUACAUCGGCGAAAUCGCUAGUGCCGAGUAUCGCGGUGCGCUAGGAUCCCUCAUGCAGUUGUGCAUCGUUACUGGAAUUCUGUACGUGUACAGCAUUGGACCGUAUGUAUCGUACCAUGCGCUACAGUGGGCCUGCUUGGUACUUCCGAUUGUGUUCGAUGCGACGUUCUUCUUUAUGCCGGAAACACCUGCGUACUACAUCUCCAAGGGCGACAAAGAGAAGGCGGUUGAAUCGUUGUGCUUUUUGCGCGGCAAAACCGUGGAAGGUGUACAGGAGGAACUGCACGAAAUAUCGACCACCGUCGAGGAGUCGCUCAAGAACAAGGGUACGGUGAUGGACCUUUUCCGCAAUGCCGGUAACGUGAAGGCACUGAUCAUUUGUGCCGGUCUGAUCAGCUUCCAGCAGCUGUCCGGCAUCAACGUGAUUCUGUUCUACAGCCAGAACAUCUUCGAAAGCACCGGCAGCAGUCUGUCACCGGCCGUCUCAACCAUACUCGUCGGUGCGGUCCAGGUGCUGGCCAGCGGUGCCACUCCGCUCAUCGUCGAUCGGCUGGGACGCAAGCCGAUCCUGCUGACAUCUGCGGGCGGCAUGUGCAUCUCGCUCGGUACGAUGGGGCUGUACUUCUUCCUCAAGCACACCCGGUCACCCUCGAUCGACAGUCUCGGCUGGCUGCCGAUUAUGUCGCUGAUCGUUUUCGUGACGGUGUACUGCAUCGGAUUUGGACCGUUGCCGUGGGCAGUGCUGGGUGAAAUGUUCCCGGCGAAUGUCAAAUCGAUCGCAUCGUCGAUCGUCGCAUCCACCUGUUGGGUGCUUGGCUUUAUUAUUCUGCAAUUUUUCUCCGACCUGGACAACGCCGUCGGCUCACACUGGUCGUUCUGGAUCUUUGGCAUCCUGUGCGCUGUGGCGUUUGCGUUUACCUUUACGACGGUGAUGGAAACCAAGGGACUUAGCUUACAGGAGAUUCAGGAUCGGUUAAAUGGUAGAAUCUAAGCCUACAAUCGGCUGCGUUUGACAGAGUUUUGUCGGUUUUACCACCACGCAUGUCCUGCUAGUGGUGGUGUGGUAGUGCUCAAAAAAUGUUGCUGUAGAAUUACUAGUUGUUACUUCCUUCGCUUAGCCAGUGUAGUAAGCUUUCGCCCGCACCAAAGUGAUACGUUUGCUAGGAAUCGCAAACGAAAACGUUGAAUGUAUUGUGUUACUUUACUUGAAUAAAAAGAAGUAGUAUCUGUAUACUAUAAGGUAUGUUCUACGAGUGUGUGCAU